UGAACAUUGCCUUGUCACUGUACCUGCGUGUAUGAGUCUGUCGGAUGCUAGAGGGGCGCCGUAUGGUGAACUCUUCCAAUUACCUGUAGCGCGGGCUAUCGCUGCUCAACUUGUUCAAGUUUUUGUUGUUGGUUGUUGUUGCCUUUUUGCAUUCUCGAGGGAUUGUCCAUGCUGGUAUGCCGACAUUGUACCAUGUAGGCUCGGGUGUGCUAGAGAUAUAUGUGGACAGACAUCCACUUUGGCAACAUCCUCCUUCGUCUCCCCAAAGCAAUUGAUGAUUAUUCCAAAGACCAAUUCUAUGUAAAAUACAAGGAGCCAUUUUACGAACCUAUUGAGCGCCUUAACAACCAGCCUCUCCCUACCAGGGUUCUCACCUAUGCCAUCGUACCGGUAUAGCU